AUGGAUCCCCUCUCCAUCUCCGCCUCGGUGGCCGGCCUCAUCACAAUAUCGACUCAAAUUCUAAGCCUUAUUGGUGCGAUCAAGUCCAAAAACAAUGAAGGGUUAAAAUCUCUCUCGCGUGAAGUUGUGGCCGUCCGUGGAAUCCUCUGUCAGAUUCAACAGAUCAUCCAGUUCCAAUCCACCAAGCCGACCAAAAGUGCAGAAUGGCUGGAGGCGCUCAAUAACACUCUAGACAAUUGCGGAGCCACAUACCUCACGCUUCAGAAAGAGUUGCAGGGGCUACAAUCAAACUCGAAGCUUGAUUCACUGAAGAUGAAAGUGAAGUGGACACUGAAGGAGAAUGAUAUUCAAGACAGGUUGAGAAGUCUGGAAAGCUACAAACUUUCCCUGGAUCUGUUGCUUUCCGUCCAGACUAGUACUACUACGACAAACAUCGAGGAAAUCCUCAUCCAGGUUCAGAAGAAACUGAUGCUAAAACCCGAGGAAUCUACUGCUGUGAAAACGCCUCUUUCAUGGCGGAAGAAGCUGGCAGGUCUUGAUCCAGGACAGGCUGAUGGACUGAAGCAGGAGGAUACGGGGACAAUCUCGCCUACACUUGGGAGUAGUGCUAGCUCGGUGACUAUGGAUACUGAUACGUCUCAUGUGAUCACCGGUCCUAAGACUACAGGCUGGGAUGAGCCAGGAUUCUACGGUAUCAGUCAAGACGAGGGUCAUCAAGCUCCUGAUCUCAAUAGCCCGGAUCUGACUGUGGUGUGUGAAUUCAAAAUCGGAAAACAGAAAAUCAGUCUAGUCUGCAACUGGGACGACCCGUCACCAGCAAACGAAUCAGUGAGGCCGAUGCAAGUACAUCUCUUGUUCAAGGGACCUUCCGCAGGAGAUUUAUAUUUUAUGCAAAUAACGGACUCGUUAUCAAUAAUAACACUGCAUCGCUUUUUUGUUCCAGCUGGAAAGUCCAGUCUAAUCAUUGCACGCUGUGAUUUGAAGGGAUUCGCCUGCCCACUCGAUGACCUCUCAGAACAGGAGUCCCCAGAGGAUUACCAUCUAGCACUAGGAGGGUAUGCGCUCAAAUCAAGCACCAAGAUUGAACAGAUACUGGUGAAUUUUGAAACCCCUCGCGAUCGCGAGGACUUUCUGAGGCAGCUGUAUGCCGCUCGAUACCUGCAGCGUAUGGAAACUGCAUUUGGCAUUCCGAACAAGCUUUAUCAGGAUUCGAACGUUGGGAAAAGAAUUCAGCAUGUUCAAGUAGGAUAUGCAGAUGGCACGGAAAAGUCCUACAUUUAUCCGUAUCUCUCAGUCGAAUACAGCCUGGAAGAUCGAGCUCCCCGACUCACAUGCACAACAAAGCCGAUGGAUCACGUCGGAGUCUUCCAUGAAGAUUUGCCAAGUCUUGAUAUGCAGAUAGUAGGGAGUGAGACUAUCGUCUGCACCACUCCGGAUGGGAAUAAAAUCCGCACCAUCUCGAUGACUUUUGGAAAUUUGAGUGAGGCUCUUUUCAUGUACAACCGCCUGCAAGAUAUUGUGCGGGGGUGGACCGCGUUGAGCACGAAAAGGGUCAGCGAAUAUGAGAUCAAGAAGGAAUGGAAACCCCGAAAGCUGGAGUUCUGGGAGAAAUCCGAAGCUCCCGGGGAACCAUUUCAUAGAGUCAUUGUGGUUGCCAAAACAGAUCGUUCCCUCAAGAGACUUAUGAUGGAUGUCUACGACGAGACACGAACGGAGAAGUUGGCAACCUUCUAUGUGAUGACACAUUCUGUGCUCUUCCAUAAACGUCACAUGCGAGCAUCCUCCCCCGAUUUCUUCGUUGCGCCAAUUAUGCAAACCGGCUUUUGGGACCUCAGAAACGGUGGUGAUACCUCGGAAGAGAACUUCCGGGCAGGCCAGGUACGAUUGUACGGUCCAAAUGAGAAACAGAUAUGUGACGAACUGGAGGACUUUGUAGAGGCCAUGAUGAAGGAUAGUCAGGACGCCUUGAAGAAGGUUAUGAUUGAGAUCAAUCGGGAUUGAGCUUGGCA